CUUGUUUCAUAAACGGAUGUCGAAGCCUCCGUGCCAGUGAGUCUAUCAACGAAGUAUGUAAUUUAUAUUUGUUGUGUUAGCUUGGGAAUUGAGAGAGAGAAAAAAAAUGAAUGAUACGUCGUUGAAUCCUACGCAUAAUCCACCUCAAAUCCCUAUCGAUGGCGUGAGUGCUUAGUUCGGUCAUCAGAGUGGGGGGUUUUCUCUGAAUCGUGACGAAAAAUGGUUGCUACAUAGCUCGCAGAUAUAGUUCUCGGUGAUAUUUUAUUGUUUUUUUCGUAUUAUUUUGAUUUUAAUGUGUACCGUUGGUGAAAAUAAGUGUACAAUGGCCCAUGGAGUGAAUUCAGUUAUAAAAAGGGGUGUUGCAAAUACAAACUGUCGAAGCGAAGGCAAAGGCAUUGGAUCACGUCGUAUCUUCGCUCCUCACUUCAAGUUGCAAGUGUUAGAUUCUUAUAGAAACGAUGCUGAUUGUAAGGGAAAUCAAAGAGCUACAGCCAGAAAAUACGGAAUUCAUCGGAGACAAAUACAGAAGUGGUUGCAAGUAGAAAAUACCCUUCGUAACAGUGUUAGCAAGGAAAAAUCAGAGUGUGCGACAGAGACAAAAGCAUGUGAGUUCGAAUUGACCUUGAACGUUAACAGACAGCGGGACGACGAAGUGUUCAACAGCGGCAGCAUAAGCAUAGGAGUCGAGGCUCGGGUUCCGGCGCUAACGCAGGGCCCUUUGGCGCCCCCGUACGAUUCCCCGCCGCCUCGUCCCCUUCCUCUAGACUUUACGACUCACACUCGCUGCCACACCAGCCCGAUUGUCGCCAGGCCAGAUUCGCCCCGCUCCCCUCUGGACCCCGCAGCGCCCAUAGACCUCUCGUUUAAAAGACCUACUUCGAUGACCAUCGCACCUGUGCUAUGUUCUGCCCCGCUGACCCCACCGCACACCGCUUCUAAUCAUCAAGAUACUGCUGGCCAAAGUGUUUAUAUAAAUCUGCCUGAAUCCACAACACCUCCACAACCUCAUCCAGAUAUUUGGGACCUAUCCACCAAAAGUCUAAAAAGAAAAAGCCCCUCUCCAGUGCCAGUGGUCUCGCCAAAAUCCAUCAAAUUAUUCAAACCAUAUCUCGAUGACAUCAACCAGCCUGAAGAAGUAAAAGAAGAACCACCAUGUUGUUCGGCAGCUCUUUCAUCGCCUUCUGAAUCUUCUUAUUACAGCAAUGUUUGCGAUAUAAAAUCAGAAUACUGCAACACAUACACUCUGCACGAAUUACAACCAAAUUAUUACUACUACCCUUCAUAUGCAGCUAGUGCAGAAUAUGAAUGCAACGGUUACUGUUACGAAGAUAUCAGCUACCGACAAAGUACGGUACCUUUAAAACAUAGACAGAGUUAUAGUUUGGACUUCAAAUUAAGUGCCAUAGAUUGUUAUUAUCAAGAUUCUGUCUGUAAAGGCAACCAAAGGGCGGUUGCCACUAAGUACAACAUACACAGGAGGCAGAUUCAGAAAUGGCUGAAACAAGCUGAAGAAUUGAGACUGAAAAACGAAUCUAUGAAACAGAUCCAUGCUGCGGGAUAGAUUGAUAAAUUUACGGUUCAUUCCACAUUAAAUCAACCAAUGCAAUUUUUAAAACAAUUGUUUUUUUUUAAUAUCUGUUUUUAUAAAUGGAAAAUAUACAGUUUUUUAUGGCCAAAAAUGAAUUUAAGAAUGUUCUGCACAUUCAAGAUGUUUAUAGUAAUAUUAUCUUUUAUUUAGUAAAUAAAAUUGUGGUUAACAUUUUUCAAAAAAUACAGCAGUUUUCUAGCUUUUAUAAUUUGGAUUUGGGAAAUUCAAAAAAAAUUCUGGUGACUACUUAGUCGUUAUUUUUGUUUUUUGUUUUCGCAACGAAUGUUUUUAGAGAAAAUUUUCAAAAUUUUAUCCGAAAAAAAUAUUUUCCAAUGCAGAACAUUAAAAAUAUAGAAAUUUUAUAUGGUUGAUUUUACAUGGAACUGUCAUGUUAUAACUGAUUGUAAUCAGUGAAAAAAGCCAAGAGUCUAUUAGGUUUUAAGAAAUGACAUAUCCGACUUGUUUAUUUGCCUUACACAUAAAAUGGGUGCUAAUUUAAGAAUUAUUGCUCAGCAUAUGACAAUGUGCCUUGUUAGAUUGUAGGAGAUAAUGUGCCAAAAAAUUAACGGGAGGCAGCUGUUUGUAUACCUGAAAUUAUGCAAUAUGUAUUCUAUUUUUGAAAUUCUCUUUGUCUUCCUUAAAUUGCCAUUUUACGUUUAUGUUUGGAGUGUUACUUCCAAAUAUUCUCUUAAUUUAUUAUUUAUUUUAUUCUUGUAAGUAUAUUUUUUCCGUAGUAAGUAAUAAUAGAUUUGAUUAAAACAAGUUUGAUUUCUAUAUUUCACUACGAAUUAUGCAAUUGUUUAUGUGAUUUUUUAGGUAUAUGAUAAUCUUAAUUGAACUUUGUAGAUACUGAUUUUAUUAUUCACUAAUACAUAUAUUGUGACCUUACCUUACAAAUAGGUUGUGAAAAUAUCAUCUGAUAAAAGUCGUUUUUUAUCUUAUUGUACAUUUUCAGCUGGGUUGACCCCAUGAAACUUUUUAUAGAUAUUGUAUUAUUUUAUAUGAGAUAUUUUAUAAAUGAUAUUAAUAAAAAAU